AGCAGUGCGCUUCUCUGUCUUUGAGAGUCGUUCAUUUAUUGACAUAGCGUCCCAGUUUUAUUUUGGAGGCAAUAAAGCGUGUCUGCCCUUAGCAGCUAUCACUUCACCAAUUUCCAGAAAAAGAAUUUCCGUCAGCACUGUAUCCACCGAUGCAAGGGUACACUAUGAGAUCCUAUGUAAUAGGUAUACUUCUCUAUGGAUUGAGAGUUUCUUUGGCCUCAUUCAACAUCCCUGAAUCUAAAUCCAGCUGUCCCCUUGGAUAUUUCCCGUGUGGAAACUUGACAGUAUGCCUUCCUCAGCUCCUGCAUUGCAAUGGUGAGGAUGACUGUGGCAAUCAAGCUGAUGAAGAAAACUGUGGAGAUAACAACGGAUGGCCUCACCUGUUUGACAAAUAUUUUGGAAUUCUGAAUAAUAAUUUUGGAACCAGGCUUGAUAAGUGCUUACUUGGGACUGUUCCAGGCGAGUGCUCGUGCAGAGGUCUGGAAAUGGACUGUGAUGAUGCCCAGCUUCAAUCUGUGCCCUCAGUGUCCACAAAUGUGACAAAGAUGUCUCUUCAGAGAAAUAGGUUAAGGAAAUUGAACGCUGAUAUUUUCUACAAAUAUCAUAAUCUACAGAAACUAUAUUUGAGCUACAAUAAGAUAUCCUAUCUGAAACCAGGCGUAUUCCAAGAUCUUCAUAAGUUGGAAUGGCUAAUCCUGGAAAAUAACAAAAUAAACCGAAUUUCAUCAAUGACAUUUGCAGGGCUGAAAUCACUGGUACUUUUAGUUCUGCUAAAUAAUUCUAUCAGUCAUCUGCAUGACAAAGCCAUCUGCCAGGAGAUGCCUCGACUAAACUGGCUAGACCUGGAAGGAAAUCAUAUCCAGAGUGUUGGGAAUGUCACUUUUUCUUCGUGCAACAUGCUUACUGUACUUGUAUUGCAGCGAAACAGUAUCAGCAAAUUACAAGAGUUUACAUUCUCCCCUUUACAGAAGCUUGGGGAACUAGAUUUGUCAAACAACAGAAUUCAGACAAUACCACCAAACUUAUUCAUGGAUCUCAAUGAGUUACUACAGCUAAACAUUUCUUACAAUCCGAUUUUGGAGUUUCAGACAGACCUCUUUGAUAACCUGCAUAAAUUAAAAUCACUAAGCAUAGAAGGAAUUGAGAUUGCUAACAUACAAAGAAGAAUGUUUGAACCUCUGAAAAACUUGACCCACAUUGGAGGUGCUGACUGCUUAAUGGGAGUGUACCUCUUUGUCAUUGGAGCUUUUGACCUGAAGUUCCGGGGAGAGUAUAACAGGCACGCGCAGUCCUGGAUGGACAGUGUCCAGUGUCAGCUGGUGGGCUCUCUAGCCAUGCUAUCCACAGAGGUUUCUGUACUGCUGUUGACUUAUCUGACUUUGGAGAAGUAUAUCUGCAUUGUUUACCCUUUCAGAUACCUCACUCCUGGAAAGUGUCAGACAAUGUCUAUCCUAAUUGUCAUUUGGAUCCUUGGAUUUGUUAUUGCAUUUAUCCCCUUGGUCAGCAAGGACUUCUUCAGGAAUUUCUAUGGUACCAAUGGAGUUUGUUUUCCUUUGCAUUCUGAACAACCAGAGACAAUGGGAGCUCAAGUUUACUCAGUAGUUAUUUUCCUUGGCCUAAACUUGGUUGCUUUUAUCAUAAUAGUAUUUUGCUAUGGAAGCAUGUUUUACAACAUACAGAGGACAGGAACAAAGGCCACAGAAUACAGCAGUCACAUUAAGAAGGAGGUGACAAUUGCCAAGCGAUUCUUCUUCAUCGUGUUCACAGACUCAUUAUGCUGGAUUCCUAUUUUUAUUCUUAAAGUUCUAUCUUUGUUGCAGGUGGAAAUACCUGGCACAAUAAGUUCAUGGGUGGUGAUUUUCAUUUUGCCAAUCAACAGUGCAUUGAACCCCAUUCUGUAUACACUAACCACACGGCCCUUCAAGGAGACAUUACUUCAAGUAUGGAACAACUACAGGCAGAGGAGAUCACUUACUAACAGCCAGUCUGCAUACACUCCAUCCUUCACCUGGCUGGAUAUGUGGCCACUGCAAGAAACCAACCCAGCUACAUCUACGCCAGAUUAUCUGGCCCAUCCAUCUGAAAUGCCGUGUAACGUGGGAAAGUCUGAACUACUGCCUGUGAAAACCAUCAAUGGGACAUGAUUGUUCAGUUAUUUUAUCACUACUGCUAUUCCACCUCUACCCCUAAAAUCUAACUGAAAAAUUAGUUUAUUUUUAUUUAUUAUAUAUAGAUAUAGUGAAUUUUCACUUGGAGGCAGAUCUUAUUAAGAAGUGACUUAAGACUUGUGACUUAUUACAUUGAUACUGACACUGAUGUGUUUAGAACUUCAUUUUUUAGAUAUCUGUCUUGUUCCAUGAGUCCACCAGCAUACAGUCAGCAAUCAAUCACUCAGGGGAUCUCAAUAGCUGUAUUUGCACAAAGGACAGGACUGCUAUCUGUUGUAGAUCACAAAAAAAAAUUUGAAGAAGGCCAUUUAGAUUUAUGCAUAGUACAAUUGUGAAAUCUAUAAACAAACCAUUUAAAUAGGAAAAGUGAAUAAAAUAUAGAUUAGUAGUUCAAGCCUGUCUCAGUUACGAAUUUCAUGCAUAUUUAACUUUGGUACUAGAUUGUUUUGUAAAUGCUAAAAAAAUAACUUAAAAUUAACUUCUUUUCAGAUUUUUCAUUUUUCUACUUUACAGUGAGACUUGUUACAAGCAUGUAACAGAUAGUUUGUGUUCAGUGAAUUAACACAGUUAACUGGAUACUGAAAAGUUUCCCUGCAUUUCUGCAUGUCAUUUGUAUUAUUUAACUAGGGACCACAUUUCUAUUAAAUAGUAAAGCUCACAUGCUCUGUAAGAUCUGCAGAAGCUAUCUUUUACAUUUAGGACACUUAACCUGGACAAAUCCCAAGAGGCAGACUUUCAAAUGAUACCAGAACGUAUCUAUUUGUUGUGAUACUGUAAUAAUUAAAUAUUCCUCAAUUAACAUUUUAUAAAAUAAUACAGUCACAAGAAACCAUUGCAAACAAGAAAGUGCUUUACAUCAUUACUAAGUUAAGUCAUUAUGCUGUUUUACUGAUAAAAACAUAAUAAAAGUGACAGUAGAUCACUUUAUGAAUCAGUUUUUCUCCGGGAUUUAAGUCGCCAGGUUACAAAACUGUAUU